GCCGCGCACCCCCGGGGCUCCACAGAUCGGGGCCCGCCGGGACGCCCCGUCCCCUCACACCCGCGGACCCUCGCAAGGGCCAGGGCCGCCGUUCCCGUCGCCCCGGAGGGUGUGUCCGCUGGGCAGGGCAGGGGAGGGAGAAGCUCCUGCUCUUACAAAAGCUUCCUGGCCGAGGAGCGGCGCGGUUGUCCCGCUAGGUGGCCGCCAUGCCCCCGAGGAAGCUCGCGGGCAAGCGGCGCAGCACCGACUCAGGCGUGGAGCCCGACCGCGGCGCCCUCUCCCAGGAGAAGAAGGAUCAGCGCAUCGCGCUCUUCCUCAGCGACUUAGAUCAGCAGGCCAAGGAAAAUAUCCAGGAAAUGAAGAAAGAGCUUGAUUCGCUUUUGCAAACAGCUGAGAAGGCGUUCGCGGUGGAGCUGCUGAAGAUGCCAGUCGCCAUCAGGAAAAUGAAAAGAAAAGACUUGCUUAAUCUGCAAGGAGGGGAAGAAGUGGCUCUUGCUGCUGCAGUGACUGACUGCUCUUCAGAACAUAUACCAAAUCCAAAACUGGUGAGAACCAAUAGCAAAAAAGUUAAGGUAACUACAAUUGUUGAAUAUGAAGAUGCCAAGCAUAUUUCUGCAAAGAAAAUAUCUAAAAAAGUUUCCAAAACGAAGUCAUUGGUUUCAUUGGCCUCUGGUUUAAAUAGCAAACUGAGCCCUCUGUCUAGGUCUGGUCACUCUUCUGCAAGUGUGACUGAGGCAGUUAAGUCUUCUGCUUCUGAUUGCAGUGCCACAAGUUUCAAAGCCAUGCCAAAGGUACCUAAAAGCACUAGAGUACAACAGAUUGCCUCAAGAACUGUACCUAGCAGUGGAAGAGUCCAAGGCAUGUUACUAAGAAGCAAAUCAGUACCCCAAGAUAAAAAUCUUCCGUUUGUAAACAUUCCCCUGGCUGAUGGACAGGACACAGAUGCCUUUAAGAGAAUUCAGUGAGACACUUGACUGCGUUGGGUGUGCAGCGCUGUCUUCUCACUCCAUGCCUUCCACCUCUAAUGCUAUUUCAACACCGCAAUUGUCUAUCCCUGCACAAAUUAGGCAGCCACAUGCAUGAUGGGUAGCGCACAGUUGUUAAUACCAGCACCACCCAUCAGCGGAAGCAGGUCACUGCUAGUGAACUGCCUAGUUAUCCUCCCUCAUGUGUAAGUGGUCAUUAAGUCCUUUUCGAAAAAACACCGCAGCAUGAAAUGGACGUAGCAAAUUGCUAUACUGAUGAUCUGGUUCCAAGUUUUCACCUCACUUCUUUGUUUACCUUUCCUCGUCGCUUUCGGCCUGGGAGGAAUCGAAUACAUGAGCAAAGCGAAACCUUAGUAAGGCCUACACGUGGGGCGGACAAUAGCACCGGUUAGAAUCUACUAGUCCUUCACGAGGGUUUUGGGACCCAAAGCCUUUCGCCGGCCGCGGAGGGCGCUCCGCCGCGCGGGGGGACGCGGCGCUGCGGGGGCGAGGCAGGCAGAGACCGGCGGCGCCCGGAUCCGAGGCGGGGGAGCCCCGCACACGGGGAGCUUCUUCUCCGCUCCCGCCUCUCCUCGGGGCCCUGCCCGCAGCCCACCCCGCCCGCAGCCUGGGCCCCAGCAGCGCGGCCCGCCCCGGCGGGCUGAGGCGGCACCAGGCGCCGCGCCCGCCCCCCCCCGCAGGCCUCACCCGCGCGGCCCGGCAGGCCGCCGCCACCGCUGCCUUCAGGCCGCGCUCCCCGCGCGCGGGACCCUCCCUCGGCUCCGCGCCCCUGGCCUCCCGUUGGUCCCGGGACCGCCUCAGCCGCCCCGCGGGGCCAUGCCCCGCAGCGACCUCACCACCACCCCCUCCCCCCCAGCCCGGUCUCCCCGGGCUCCGGCCGCCACCGCCCCUCCCCCACACCUUCUUGAGUUCGUUGUCGGAGGCCCCGGGCGGUACCCCUAGGAUGUCGUAGAGCUUCGUGUCGGCCACGUUCGCCAUGGCGGCAGCAGGCGGCAGGCGCGGUCCGGAACGGGCCGAGGGGCGGCGACGGCGAGACCGGGAGCAGGACGAAAGCCGCCACAACGUCACGCGCAGGAGCCUGGCGUCACCACGCCGCGACGCGGGAGGAGCCCACCCGGCCGCCCCCUUCGUCCUCCGGCGGCGCGCGGCCCCGCCCCCUCGGCCCACUUCGGGCGCCUGACCCAGUUCCGGUGCGGCGCGGCAUAGGGUGUUGUUGCUGGAGGCGCCGCCGGAGGGCGGGACGAGGCCUUGAGGGGAUCGGCUCUCUGUCUCGAGCGGGGCGGGGGCGGUUCCCGGCCUGAAGCGGCGUUCCGGCAGAAAGAGGAGCGCUACGCAUCAAAACGGCAUCUUCAGCUUCCCCCAUCACGUCGAAGCCUGAAGCGGCAGGCUCUGUUCGCGUGUUUCCCCAGAGCCCUGUGCCUGAUGCGGUCACUCCUUCCUCCUGAAGUACGUCACUGAGGUUUAUAGGGUGAGGGGCAGCCAUGCACGGACCUGCCGUCUAACCUCAAGUGCCAAUGUAUUCUUCUUCAGGAAUGUAUCGCUAAGGCUUCAACAGUUAUAAAUAGCUUUGGUACUCA